AUGACCUCGAACCGGGUUCAAUUUCCGGCCACAUUACACUACAUGCGCUCGUACUUGACUUCGUCCUCAAUUCACACUUGCUCUGGGAAUUGUUCGAUAAGCCAGAUCGGUUGGAUUCGUAUACGCGUGUUGACUUCGGCCCUAAUUGGUAAAGAGCAUAGCUCCACGGCAGCGACAAACGAAUCGAGCGUAUUGGGCCUACAAGCACGGCUGCCCGAGUUUAUUCCCAAGGAUCCGGAGUUCUGGCUGGCGCAAGUGGAGGCCCAGUUUAAGCUAGCUAAGGUGACCAACCAGCUAGCCAAGUUUACAUUCGGGAUGCCCGUAGAGUGCCGCCUCAAACAGCUGCUAGGUGGCUUGCGCCUGGGAGACAACGGCCUCGACACCCCGACCAAACUUCUAAGUUAUAUGCAGGGUCAGGCCGCUAGUUUAAGCAUCAACGAGAACAUACUCCGCCUGUCCUGGCUACAAGCUCUGCCAAAGAGUUUGUCGUCCAUAUUACAGUAUUUUGGCCAGCGGUACACGCUUACGGAACUAGCCGAGAUGGCCGACAGGAUAUACGCUGGUCAGAUGUCGGUCCAAUCUUACACACAACCACCCCCACCGUCGCAAUCCACUGACAACGCCGAGCUAGUUGCCUGCGUCAAGGCGUUAGUCGCACAGGUGCAGGCGUUGACUUUGGCUUGAGCCGCAGCCCCCGGCGCACACGAUCUCGCUCACGGUCGAAUGGGAUUUGCUGGUAUCACCGUCGAUACGGUGACGCCACAAAGAGGUACCUCACACCGCGUACCUUCACCCCCAGGUCGGGAAACUAGUCAGCCGACCGGCCCAGGUGACGACCGUGUCCGGCUCUCCACAACCAAGUCGCCUAUUUUUCGUCGCAGACCGAAUUACCGGGAUACCUUUCUUGGUUGA